AGAAAGGCACCACCUCGUCCUCCCCUUCCACACCGUAAUGACCCUCUACCUCCUGGAGAGUGGAGGGAAGGAGGCUCCGAUUGAUCAAGGAUUCUGCUUCGACAUCUCUCUCUCUCAUGUCGUCUUAAUGCCGCAAUUGGGUUCAAUCCCCACUACCACCUUUACGGAGUUCGUUGUCAGAUUUUAUGCGGGAGGCCAUGGCAAAGGUUCCUCCAGUAUGGUGACGAGGGUUUAGACUGGCGACAGGGUUUUCGUCUCUCACACUGAUUCGAGGGAUUUUGGAGGGAUGAAUGUAAGCUGGUCACGUUGCAGGAUUCAUGGCGGUGUCGUGAGAGGUUUUGUAGUUGUGGGUUGUGAUAAGGGAGUGGAGACAUCAUGGUAAGGGUAGGAGUGGGCUUGUCUCUGUGAGCCAAAGGGGAAGAACAGAGGACUUGCGUUUUUGGGAGGUUGUGAAUGGUGGUGCAUUGAAAGAUGGCGGACGGUGGAACAGCUACAAUGCAAACCAGUAACAGGUCUUACGAGGAUGCAGUUGUUGCGAUGAACUCUCUUAUCACUCCCACGGCGGACCUGCCGCCGCGUGACCCUACUACUGGUGCUCUGAAUUGGAAUGCUCAUUUCCGGUCCUUUUUCAGAUUUAUCGAGAUAUUGGAAAUGAAGGAACCUCUUGCACGUCUUAGUGUAAUUCACGUUGCAGGAACGAAAGGAAAGGGGUCUACGUGUGCAUUCACAGAGAGAAUGUUGCGGGAAUCUGGCUUCCGCACGGGUCUCUUCACAUCACCUCAUCUCCUCGAUGUUCGCGAACGCUUUCGUUUUAACGGUGAGAUGAUAUCCAAGGAUCGAUUUCUUUAUCACUUCUGGUGGUGUUGGGAUCGUCUUCAGGCUAACAAUGCGGAUUUGCCAGGAUUUUUUCGUUUUUGCACUCUGUUGGGCCUACGCAUGUUCACUGCAGAAAAGGUGGAUGUGGCAAUUCUAGAAGUCGGACUUGGGGGCCGCCUAGACGCAACCAAUAUUGUUGAGUCUCCUGUGGUUUGUGGCAUAGCAUCCUUGGGAUAUGAUCACAUGGAGCUGCUCGGGAACACCCUCGCAGAAAUCGCAUGGGAGAAAGCUGGUAUCUUCAAGGCAGGUGUUCCUGCAUUCACUGCUCCGCAACCAGAAGAAGCUAUGGGCUCCCUUCAAAAAAGAGCUAGAGAGCUAGGGAUUACUUUGAAGGUAGCGCCCGCUCUUGAAGAUUAUGGUUUGUCCGAUUUGCAACUUGGGUUGGGAGGUGAGCACCAACGUAUCAAUGCUGCUUUGGCUGUUGCAUUGUGCAAGCAGUGGGUCAUGACAAGGGCUCCCUCCGAGCAGCAUAAAGAGCUUCAGAAGAUUUUAGGGGGUGGAAUAUUGCCAGACUCAUUUGUCAAGGGUCUCCAGUUGACCAAGUGGGCAGGCAGGGCUGAAGUUAUCCAUGAUCCUUCAGGACGUCUGUCAUUUUAUAUAGAUGGAGCUCACAGUCCUGAAAGUAUGGAAGCGUGUGCAAAUUGGUUCUGUUCAAGAAUUAAACAUGAAGAAACUACCGAGGUAGUGCAGUCGAGCAGUAAUCCGGAGAGGUGGAAUUCCAAAGGCUUCAUUAUGAGAAGGGUUCUUUUGUUCAACUGCAUGCCGAAGCGUGAUCCUGUAUUACUGCUGCAACCUGUCAUAAACCUGUGUUCUAAAAAUGGAUUUCCCAUUCAUGCGGCCUUCUUUGUACCACCUUAUUCUAGCUACACAUCUGUAGGCACCUCACACCAAGCACCUACUGUCACAGACGCAACUUGGCAGCACACAUUGCAGCGGCACUGGGAGUCUCUAUGGCGAGAUAAGCUCACAGAUGGAUCUGGUUUUGCCUGUCUUUCCCGAGGGGAAAGACGUGAACCCGAGAUAGAACUCUUGUCUACUCUAAAAGACGCCUCAGAGUGCAAUCCGCAGCAUGGGAACAUGUUGGGUCCAUCAAGUGCAGUGCUAAGAUCACUGCCAAGUGCUUUGGACCAUUUUCGCAAUUGUUUGACCCACCACCCUCAGCUUCGGGUUCAGGUGCUUGUAACAGGCUCGUUGUACCUGGUUGGUGACCUCUUGAAACUUCUCAAGCGUUAGAGUCUAAUGUGUCCAAUGAGAGCCUUAUGGACUAAUUGAAUUAUUUUGCUGUGAAGGAUUGUCAGUGCAUAUUAGCCGCUUUGAACAUUUAAAUUAACUGCAGGCGUGUCCAUGAUUUAAAACUAAUUCUUUAAAAGAUGAUUAACAUA